GAGCGAUGACAGCGUAGACAAACCGCAGGUCUGACAUAUGAACAGACACCAUGGCCACACAGGAACCCUCCCCUCCCUCAUCGAUGGAGAGCAACAAGCCCGGCUUCCCCAAGAAAAUUUUGGCCAACAAGCUGGAGGACAAGCACCUGUGCAACUGCUGUAAUAAUAUCCUCCGAAGACCAUUUCAAGCCCAGUGUGGACAUCGCUUCUGUUCCUACUGCUUCAACAGGACUGUGAGUAAUGGACCUCAGAAAUGCAAUGCCUGUAUUAAAGAGGAUCUUUUUGAGGAGCCUACGUCAAUUUUGAAACAAGGAUGUGCAUUUCCUGAUAAUGCAGCUCGCCGGGAAGUUGAAAACUUAGCGGCUGUUUGUGUCAAUGAAAGUUGCACUUGGAAAGGCACUAUAAAAGAGUAUGAGCUGAACCAUGAGGGGAAAUGUGAGUUUAUGAUCAUCCCCUGUCCUUCCUGUAAAGAACGAAUCCGCUUCAAUGAACAAGAACGCCAUAACGAGCGAGAGUGCCCAGAGAGAACACUCAACUGCAAGUACUGCAAGGAGCCAUUUCACUUCAAAAACAUCAAGGCACAUGACGAGAUAUGUCCCAAGUACCCAAUGAUCUGUGAAGGCUGUGCCAAGAAGAAAAUACCAAGAGAAAAGUAUGUGGACCAUAUUAAGUUCUGCAGCAAAUUCAGAACUCCAUGUCGAUUUCAUGUUGUGGGAUGCGAUAUGUCUGUGGAGAAGGAAAAGAUCCAUGACCAUGAGCGUGCCUGUGCCUACGAGCACCUCAACCUGUUGCUGCAUUACAUCAUGGGCAUGAAAGUGAGCAUGGAGGGCCUGCAGCCCCAGGGACUGGAAGUAGCUGGACACAAACUGGUGGAACUCCACCAGUCCCUCAGGGAGCUCGAGGCCAGAGUCUCCCAGCUCAGCACCACCUCCUCUGGGCCUCCCGUGCAGGGGGCCGCCUCCUCCUCAUCCUCCAGCUCUGGUCCCCCUGGUCCACCUGUUUCAGCUCCAUUGCCCCCUCCUCCCACCCUGGCUCCUACUCUCUCUGUGUCUACCUCCUUCACACCCCUCCCCAGCUCAGUCGGUGCCGCUUUGGAGCUCCAGCUGCACAGCGAGAAAGCCAAAGUGGCUGAGUUGGGCCGUAGGUGUGCAGACCUCGAAGUGAAGGCUGGCACAUUUGAGAAUGUGGUGUGUGUCCUCAAUAGAGAGGUGGAGAGGUUUGCCACCACCAUGGAAGCCAGCAACCGCCAACACAGACUGGACCAGGAUAAGAUUGAGGCACUAAGUAAUAAGGUGCGACAGCUGGAGAGGACGGUGGGGCUGAAGGACCUGACGGUUGCUGAGAUGGAGGGGCGGCUGAGGGAAAUGUCUGCCACAACCUUUGAUGGUGUAUUUGUGUGGAGGAUCUCAGAUUUUACUAAGAAAAGACAGGACGCCAUCGCAGGUCGAGCACCUGCCAUGUUCUCACCAGCUUUCUACACCAGUAAAUAUGGUUAUAAGAUGUGUCUGCGGAUCUAUCUGAAUGGAGAUGGGACAGGGCGUGGCAGCCACUUGUCCUUGUUCUUUGUGGUAAUGAGGGGACUGAGUGAUGCUCUGCUCAAAUGGCCUUUCAACCAGAAGGUGACUCUGAUGCUGCUGGAUCAGAGUAACCGGGAGCACAUCAUCGACGCCUUCCGGCCUGAUGUCACCUCCUCCUCCUUCCAGAGACCGGUUAGUGAGAUGAACAUCGCGAGCGGGUGUCCCCUCUUCUGCCCGCUUUCCAAGCUCGACGCCAAGAACUCCUACAUCCGCGAUGACACCAUCUUCAUCAAGGCAAUCGUAGAUCUCACGGGCCUCUAGAUGGUUACACAGCGUGGCAGGGUUAGGCAGCAGGGCAGCACUCUGGCCAUUAAGGCUCCACUUUGGCUAAAUUUUGGACCCUUUAGGGCUCUGUUCAGGCAUCUUACCGCCACCCUACAGCUGUAGGGAGGCAAGCGUGCUUGCGACUGUGUGCUGCAUGCGGCUGCGGUUUGCUCAAUCCAGGAGGCUCGGGCUUUGUCCAAACCGGUGGUCUCUGAGGGAGAAUCUCUGUCAUUGCUGUACAUUUUGGGUGCAACAGUAAUUUCUUUCCUUCUUUUUUGGUCCUUUUUUGACAUCACAGCAGCGAUGUUACUUUAGCUCUGCACAGUUUACAGUAGAGACACCUGAACAGGCACCAGUGCAGCAUGGUCAGAGCGACGUCGAGCAGAACCAGAGAUGUCAAACUGAACAGUACGGGAAGGAGUGAAACGAGUGACCGGCAUCUUUUUACCUCGUGCUGUAGAAGACUUGAGGUCUUGGAUUGUAGUUGUUAGAACAUGAGUGUAGAUUGCGCUUAGUUAACGAUGUGGUCAUUUUCAUGUCAGUGCAGAGAGCUGGCAAAAUGCUUAUACUAGAGUUAGAGUGUGGCUUGAUGCAAAGUAUUUGCUUUUUCUCGCCAGUUUGAUUGUGGAUAUUGUGAGCUUCUCAAUGCCAUUGUUGAGUAAAUUUGCAUAGACAAACGUGGAGUUAUGUUAUGAAUAAGAUUACAGGCCUUUUUGCGCUAAGUGCAUGCAGCUAGAAUUAAUUGGCCUUUUAAGUGUAAAAUUGCUCCUUUUUUCCAUUGAGCUUUAUGAAGGUUCCCUGUUUGUUGUUGAACUUGUUAGUGAAUUAGCCCUCCGUGAUGGUGGACAUUGCCUGCAUGUCUUUGGAUUCAGGCAUUUUACAUGUAAAGUCAGUGUUGCAUAUGUGUCACUAUUAGGGGUUGGCGGUUUUGAUUGGUGGUUCGGUACAUCUGUGGAAGAUACAGUGGAGUUAUCAGAGAGUCAGGGCAGCUUGCCAAUCAAGCCUGAAGCAUAAGACAUACAUGUGGUUUUGUCUCUGACAAACACACAAAGCUGGAGUUUUCCCCAGGAUAUGCUCAGUAGCUCACAUCUCAACACAUAGUACUGUGCCCCACCACAGAUGGAGGUUAAUACAGAUUCCAUGAAAUGAAGGAAUUGUUUGUUCCUUGUUUUCUGUCCAUAUACAGUGUAUAUGUGUUUCUGCUGCUCUAAGAUAGAAUACUGAUGUGAAUCAAAUAAAUGUCGAUGCAAAUAUUUAUGAGUUGAACAUGUAGUUGAGGGGGUUGAGAGGCCGAGAGACGACGGAACGGAAACAAGAGAUUGUAAAACUUGGUUGUUGGUCACAGGUCAUUGUUGACAUUGCAGAUUGAUUUUUAACGCAGCGCUGGAGAAAUCUCUUUAAACCUCAGUGUUUUCUAUUGUCAUGAUGUCACUGAUUUUUCAAUGAGGCACCACAAGUCAUACUGACACAAAGGCGACCGUUUUGCCAAAUCUGAGUAUACCUGAAUAACUGAGAUGCUUUUUUUUUUUUUUUUUUUUUUUUUUUUUUUUUUGUAUUUUUUCUAUGU